AUGUCAGUCCUAGACCUCGGAGACCGGGUACUAGACCGUACCACGCCGCCCUCCCCUGUCAUGACCCCCUCCCGCCCCAGCGCCGGGGGUACUAAACUGCGAGAUAGCUGUCAUGCGUGUGCCACAUCCAAGAUCAAAUGCCCCAAGGAGAAGCCUGCAUGCUCCAAGUGUGAGUCUCGGGGCAUCAAGUGCCAAUACUUUUUUGCAAAGCGCCCGGGGCGGAGGCGCGAGAAUAGCACCGGCGGUCAUCUAAAUAGCUGCACCGGCAAAAAUAACACAAGCCUCCACGCCUCCCCAUCCAAUUUCAAGCCUAGCACCGACCAGAAAUUGCAGACCAAUCGCUCGCGAAAUGGAGACACAAUCGAGUUCGCAGGACGUUCUCCCGGGGCUGCCCCAGCUCCCCCCAUCGGUUUACCGGAGAUCAUCAGCUUCCCCGAUACACCUCCAGACUUCACGAUUUCGAUUUCUCCCAUUCCAGAUACUCCUCUUGGAACGUGCUCUUCAAACCUCUUUUCCGUGAUUGGGGACUCCAGUCUAUUCGCAAAUUUGCCAGAUUUCGAUACUGAUAUCGACGAUAUGGAUUUCGUUAUUGCGGAUCCCUUGGAUUUUGAACGUCCUCUCGUGGACGGUGACAGGGCCACCCGACCCCCGAAUGACAUUGGUUCACUUCUCAUACCGGAUGAGAGCAUGGAUUUUAGCCUUGGCACGUCGGAAAUCAAUGAGCUCGCCAGUGCCAUGUUUACAGAAUCAUCAGGGGCACCCUCGCUUGCCUCUAGUAGCGUUCAUACGCCGCCCAUUGCAAGGUCGAGUGCGGUACAUGCCACCACAACCACCAACUCACCAUGUGGCUGCGUGGCGCAGGCACUUGAUCUCUUAAAAACGCUUUCUUCAGCUCACUGCAAGAGCACCGGCACGGAUCUAGCGCCCUCGUGGUCAAACGUCAACGAUACGGGCGUUGCCAAGAGUGUACUAUCCGAAAACAAAAACCACAUCGAGGCAGUAAACAGCAUGCUUUCAUGCGUUUCAUGCACUGAAAAUGCCUUCCUACUUGCUAUCAUCUCCAUGAUCGGGCUCAAAGUUUUGGAGCGAUACGCCAGCGCGGCACGAACAAAGGGUUCCGGCUCAAGAUCGGGCAGCGUGGAGUCUGACACGGGACUGAGGUCGGCGAGCAGCAUUAUAUCGAGCAGCAGCACGGAUCAUUAUAUGAGGGCGCUGGGCCGUACGUAUAAUAAAGACGGCGCCGCCAGUGGUUGCGUACCCGCCCGGCUGGUCCUCGGUGAACUGCACCGCGUGCAACGAUUGGUGAAUCAGCUAUCAACAAAACUUAAAGGUCCUAGAGGGAAUGGUCGUGGCCUGAGUCAAGAAUGUCUUGGCCGCCACAGCGGAGUAGAAGAUAAUGACAUGGCGGUAGCAACGUUCUUUUCCUCUAGUACGUUAGCUCAGAUGGAGAGCGACUUGCGCAAAAGCCUUAGUUCGUUGUCCACGGAUAUCAUCAAUCGAUUGCGACAAAAUUAA